CUUUUGUCGCAUUGUUCGAACGCCAGGGGUGACGUCAGCUAUAGAAUUCAUUCUCGUCAGCAAAGUGCUUUUAGGCCAACCUUACAGUUCCCUGAUUUUCCUCUUCAACACGCCAUUAAAGAUUGGUUUAUGUUUACAGUUAAGACUUUCUGCUCCGACAAAGGAUUGAGUGCGAAAUUUCCGAACAUGGAUUCCUUUGAUCACGAAGAGAUGUGUGCAAUUUUCGGAGAAGAUUUUGGUGACUAUAUUUCCUCACAAAAUUCUUUUUCCUCUCCCGAAAAUAUGAACAUUCUAAGCAGCAGCUCAAUCACUUCUCACCACAACUUUCCCAAUUUCACACCAUUAAUCGAUUAUAACCAGAAUAAGCUUCCAACUACUCACGGCUUGAUUAAUUUCGGACAUCACGAAAUUAACCACGUAGAAAACCUCCAACAGGUUAACGCCUUAUCCCCUUCUAAUGAAGUCGAAGGCAAUCGCGUCGUUUCACAAACAUUUAAAUCUCGAGGCUCGAAAAAUACAAGCAAUAACGCUAAACAAAGGUCUUCCCAAUUACCGAAAAAGAAAAAAACGCGUACUCGGCCGCCAGCACAAGUGUACGAGCAUAUUAUGGCUGAGAGAAGGCGUCGGGAGCAGCUCAGCCAGCUAUUUAUAGCUCUAUCUGCCAUUGUUCCUGGCCUCAAGAAGACAGAUAAAAGCUCAAUAUUGGGAGAAGCCAUAAACUACCUGAAACAUCUGGAGCAAAGAGCAGAAAAGUUAGAACAAGCGAAAAAAUCUUCGAAAAUGGCAAUGGAGUCUGGGGUUUUCGUGAAGAAAUCGCAGGUGUUUGAGGAUGAAGAAGGGUCGUCGGCUGCAGAUAUCGAGGCAAGGGUAGUCAACAACAAUGUCCUCAUAAGGGUGCAUUGUGGCAAACACAAGGGCAUUCUUGCCAAUUUACUUAGCCAGGUGGAAAGCAUGAAUAUGGUGGUUGUCAACACUAAUGUCAGCCUCUUUGGUAAUUCCUCCCUUGAAAUCACCAUUAUUGCUGAGAUGGAGAAGGGAUUCAGCUUGACCGUGAAAGAAGUUGCAACGGCUCUUCGUGCAGCUUUCAAGCCAGCCACUGCAUAAAUUUUCGUCACCCGAUUAUUUUGUAUGUUGCUUUUGUGAAGACAAGAUGAUUAUCAGCCGACUUUAUCUAUAUCUAUGUGGCUUUGAUAAUGUGCAUGGGAAUUUAAUUUAUGGAUUUGGAGAAUUUUUCGAAAUUUAUGUUAAGACCAAAAAUCAUGUUAAUGUGGGUCAGCUGAUCGAUUCCGACAAGCUCUAUGUACUUGAUGUGUGUUGAAAACUCUUUCAUUUUGGUUCAUUUUAGUAUCAGUUAUGGAAAAAUUGUUUGUUUCCGUAUUUUUAGUAUUCCC